UAGGUGUUAGGUCUAUCCUGUACCUAACGUUACCGCUAGUAAACUUAACGUGUGCAAACAAAACGAAUGUAUUGGUUACAUCUAAAUUGUUUUCAUCAUUUUUAAAAAUGUAUACUAGAGUUUCUUUAAGAUUUAUGAAUAUUGCAACCAAAUUGUAUUCCAACGUUUUCAUUCAUCUUACACAACACAAAUUAAUACCUUCACAGUUUAAUUAUUUCGUGAACACACGUGCAUUACUAACACGAGGUUAUUGUACAGAUGUUAACCCUUCUGCUGUAAUAAGAGAUGAACAUGCUAAGCUGGACGAAAAGGAAUUGAAUGAACUUCUACAAAAUCCGCAAUAUGAAGUAUUAUAUCAAAAGUAUAAAUUAGAAAUAGAAUUUUUAAGACAAGCUACAAACAAAAUACCAUCAACUUUAAGUAGUAAUGAUUGGUUGCAACUAUUGAAAGCACAAACAAGGGGACAAAGAAGAUCAUAUUUGGAAUAUGCUUGGAGAUUAGAAAUGAAAGAGAUAACUAAAGCGAAGAAAAAAGAAAUGAAUGAGAAGGAAAGAAGUUCAUUAAUACAAAAGAAAGAUGAUGAUAGUCCAUAUGGAUUGAACAAAUGUACAAUGUUCUUUCGUAUACGUGACUCAGCAAUAAAUAUGUUUUACAACCGUAGACUAAUAAGUGCUAUAAUGUAUGAACCAACGAUAGUACUUGAUCUUGGAUAUGAAUCCUGUAUGGCUCCUUCUGAACAGCAAAAUUGUGCAAAACAAUUAUUACUAUCAUUCUCUGUGAAUCGAACUCAUGAUGAACCAUUUAAUCUCCACUUUUGUAAUGUUAAUAUGGAUGGAAUUAUUAUCAGAAGGUUACAUAAAGUACUACCACAGUUACAUGAACCCGAUUUUCCAUUAAAUCUCAAUACAGAAUCCUAUUUGGAUAUAUUUGAUAAAAAUAAAUUAGUGUAUCUUUCUCCUCAUGCCCAAGCAGUUAUGACAAAAUAUGAUCCUAAUCUAGUGUAUAUAAUUGGUGCAAUGGUAGAUAAGAUAAAUCCUAAGCCAUUCUCAUUUGAAAAAGCUAAAAGAGAAGGUAUUAAGAUGAUGAAAUUGCCCUUGAGUGAAAAGUUAGAAUGGGGAAUGGGAUCUACAAAAAAUCUUCCUCUUAAUCAAGUUCUUUCUAUUUUGUUAGAUUUAAGACAUACUAAUGAUUGGACAAAAGCAUUGGAACAUAUUCCUAAGAGGAAGUUAAGAGAAGCAAGGGAAGACCAAUUAGUAAGGAAACUUAACUAUAGAGAAAGGAGAAUAGAAUAUAUGUCAAGUUUAAAAACUGAUUAA